CCAACUUCGGAGCAAUCCGCAAUCAUCGAUCGAUCGACAAUCUGUCGGCGUAGUCUCACGAAGCCUGCUUCCUGAGGUUUCUGCAAACGCGUUUUAAGCCCCACGCUACAACCACAUGUAAGGAGAAGCAUCACCUCGCUGGAUGGCAGCUGGAACAGUUUCACUGCACAAAACACAGCAUGUGGCUCCGUUUCCUUGAGGUUUGGCUCACUGCAAGGCUUUUAUCGAGCCCUGCGUUCCACAGAACUGUGAGGCAAGUGCACAAGAAAGUUCAGGAGAUUCGGUAUGGGAAAUCUCCGGAGGAUAUGGGAGGCACCAAUAUCGAUAAACCAGAAGGCAGCUUCAAACGCUUUUUCGAGUUGUUCCGUGAAGAACUGAAAAAUCAAACUGGGAGGGGACCUCCAAAGUCAUAACCCACCCAAAGAGACGGAAAAUUAUAAAUACCACCCCCGUGUCUUUAUUAUUAUAUUGGAGUCGUUCUCCUGUGCGUUCCAUGGACGUCCAUUACGCCCCGCGUUCCCACCUCCAAUGGUAUGAUAAAAUAUAGUCAUAACAUAUACUCCAAUGAUAUUGUUUGGAUUCGAUAAAAAGGAAAGCCACACCCUACUCACGAGUGUCAAUUGGAUAUCCGGAUAAAGAUUGGGCUGCUUCUGCUUCACAUACCGUGCGAUGCGUCCCUCAUUCUAUCCGAAGAGUAAUUCGUUUUGUGCUUUCCCGCCGUGAAUGCUAGCUGUGUCAAAUGCCAACCACAUACAGCUUGGCCCUGCGUGCGAGGAAUAUGGGCAUACAAAAUUGCAAACUACUAGACAACGUCGUAAUAUUUUUCUGUGUUCUUUUAUCCUUCAUAUUUCCCCUCAAUUUAUCUGCUCAGCUUCGUGUGGCGCAAAAACCUUCACGUUUUAACUAAUUGCAUUGGUAUUUUACAAAUGGCCUUUUGCCCUUGUUUUGGUUUCACGUUUCCAGCGCUUUACGGAGUACCGGUGUUACUACGCCUUAUAAAGGGAAAGGAGAAAAUGGCAGUUCAUCACUGUUAACAUUCCUUUGUUGCAUGCAGUAAUCUGUUCGAAGCUGUUUCACGGAAUAUUCCUGCAAAGAAACUCUCAAUAUAUACAGUGAAGAAUUUCAGGAACGAAAAGAUAAACCAAGGAAACAAAGUGACAAAAUCAACGCAGAAACACAGAGCUGUGAUGAAAUCAGCCAUGAUAUCAGGAAAUUCAAACCCCAAAAUUGGUGCUAAAUAAAUACACGAAAUGAAGAAUUGUAAUGUGACCUG